AUGUCCAGUCAUAACCUGCGCAGACGCCGUCAUAACCUGCGCAGACGCCGGUACCAGUCAUACCCUGCGCAGACGCCGGUACCAGUCAUACCCUGCGCAGACGCCGGUACCAGUCAUACCCUGCGCAGACGCCGGUACCAGUCAUACCCUGCGCAGACGCCGGUACCAGUCAUACCCUGCGCUACCAGUCAUACCCUGCGCAGACGCCGGUACCAGUCAUACCUGCGCAGACGCCGGUACCAGUCAUACCUGCGCAGACGCCGGUACCAGUCAUACCUGCGCAGACGCCGGUACCAUUCAUACCUGCGCAGACGCCGGUACCAGUCAGAUCUGCGCAGACGCCGGUACCAGUCAUACCUGCGCAGACGCCGGUACCAGUCAUACCUGCGCAGACGCCGGUACCAGUCAUACCUGCGCAGACGCCGGUACCAGUCAUACCUGCGCAGACGCCGGUACCAGUCAUACCUGCGCAGACGCCGGUACCGGUCAUACCUGCGCAGACGCCGGUACCAGUCAUACCUGCGCAGACGCCGGUACCAGUCAUACCUGCGCAGACGCCGGUACCAGUCAUACCUGCGCAGACGCCGGUACCAGUCAUACCUGCGCAGACGCCGGUACCAGUCAUACCUGCGCAGACGCCGGUACCAGUCAUACCUGCGCAGACGCCGGUACCAGUCAUACCUGCGCAGACGCCGGUACCAGUCAUACCUGCGCAGACGCCGGUACCAGUCAUACCUGCGCAGACGCCGGUACCAGUCAUACCUGCGCAGACGCCGGUACCAGUCAUACCUGCGCAGACGCCGGUACCAGUCAUACCUGCGCAGACGCCGGUACCAUUCAUACCUGCGCAGACGCCGGUACCAGUCAGAUCUGCGCAGACGCCGGUACCAGUCAUACCUGCGCAGACGCCGGUACCAGUCAUACCUGCGCAGACGCCGGUACCAGUCAGAUCUGCGCAGACGCUGGUACAGUUGUUUGCUUUGA